AUGCUGGGCCCGGCCGCGAUGAUGUGUCGAGGCAUUGUCACAUGCGCCGCGAUCCUCGUCGCUUCGGCGUACCCCGAAGAGCUCGAAUGCUCGAGGGCGCUCGGCCUCGGCGAGCGAUACAUGGGCAAGGACGCCGCCGCGAGCGCCACGUUCCUCCGCGUCGUCGACGCCGCCGGGACGGUGGUGCCCUGCGGGUCGACCGUCGCCGCGGGGACGGCACUUACGGUCAUGAUCGAUGGCCUCGAUCCCGCCGUCGACCAGUACGUGCUCGAAAUCGACGGCGCUUCUUUCCUCGCGGGCCCGUGCGACCGGACGCGGUCGAACGACGCCGCCGGCGAAAUCGCGCUCGCGGCCGGCGAGACCGCGUCGCUCCUCGGCGCCCACGCGCACAAGUACGGCGUCGUCUCCAUCACGGAAUCCUGCUCCCUCACGGCCGCCGCCGCGCCGACGCGCGAGCCGACGCCGCGGCCGACGCCGCGGCCCCUUCCGCGGCCGACGCCCGCGCCGACGCUCCGGCCGACGCCCGCGCCGACGGCCGCGCCCGAGCCGACGGCCCGGCCGACGCCGCGCCCGACGAAGACGCCGACGACGCCGUCGCCGUCCGUGUCGCCGACGACGUCGCCGCCGUCCGUGUCGCCGACGCCCGCGCCGUCCUUUUCGCCGACGCCCGCGCCGACGGCGACGCCGACGCCCGCGCCGACGCCCGCGCCGACGCCGGCGCCGACGUUCGCGCCGACGCCCGCGCCGACGCCGACGCCGAGCCGGGCGCCGAGCCCGCGGCCGACGACGCCCGCGCCGACGGCGGCCGCGGCGACGCCCGCGCCGACGGCGCUCCCGACGACGGCGCCGCCGUCGCCCCGGCCGACGCCGGCGCCGACGGCCGCCCCGACGCUCCGGCCCACGCCCGUGGCGGCGGCGCCGACGCCGCGGCCCGCCGCGCCGACGGCGGCGCCGACGGCGGCCCCGCGGGUCCGCGGGUCCGCGACGGUCGACGGCGUCGACGCGGAGGCAGCGGCGGCCGACGAGCGCGUCUUCGCCGCGGCCGUCGCCGCCGUCGCCGCCGUCGACGAGGCCGCCGUCGAGGUCCUCUCCCUCUCGUCCGCGCGGCGGCGCCGGCUCGGCGCCGGCGUCGUCUUCGACUUCGAGAUCGCGGCCGCCGACUCUUCGGACGCCGACGCCGUCGUCGCGCGCCUCGUCGCCGCGUCGCCGGCGGACGUCGACGCCGCCCUGCGCGCCGCCGCGGCGGCGGCGGGCGUCGCGGAGCGCUUCGCGGCGGCGUCGACGGCGUCCCUCGACGCGUGGCUCAAGGGGUCGCCGCCGGCGCCGACGGCCGCGCCGACGGCGGCGCCCGCGACGGCGGCGCCGACGCCGCGGCCCUCCACGGCCGCGCCGAGCCCGGCGCCGUCGCCCGAGUUCCCGGCGGACGACGACGUCGCCGCGGCCUGCGCGCCGGAGCUCCGGGCCGCCGCGCGCUUCGCCGAGGACUGCGACGGGCCCUGCGGCGACGGCUGCGCCGGCGUCUGGGACGCCUACACGGAGUGCACGUGGAACUUCGAGUCGCGCGACGCGCUCGGCGCGUCCUGCGGCCUCCGCUGCGCCGACGCGGCGCCCCUCUCCGACGGCGCGGCGCGGCGGUCCGCCGGCCUCCUCGCCGCGAUCGUCGUCGUCGUCGGGGGCGCCGACCUCUCUGAAUCACGUCGAAAGUGGUUCUUGCCCGUGCGGCACAAGAAUAAGAGCUACCGAUGGACGGCGAAACACGCGAACGCGUGCGUCGGCGGCGCGAUCGAGGCGCCCUCGCCCGCGGCCGCGCGCGCCGCGCUCCGGGGCCAGACCGUCGUCUUCGCCGGCGAUUCGCUCGCGCUGCAGAACUAUUUGAGCAUGGCGGCCCUGCUCGUCUGCGACGGCGACGACGGCGUCGAGUUUCAAAGACCCGAGGGUCGGCUGUCGACGACGUUCCUCCCGCGCGACAACGUCACGGCGAACUUCGGCGUCGAGACGGAGCGCGGCGCGGCCGCCGGAGAGGCCUGGUUCAAGGACCAUCGCGGGAAAAAACAGCAGAUCAAAGCCACGGGAUCGACGACCGUCGUGCGGCCCUGGGCGUCGCCGGCGAUCCACCGGGACCUCGCGCGCGCGAUCGACGACUACGCGAACACGACGAAAGUGACCUACUUUGUGAACUUUGGGCACUGGGUCUCCUCGAUACGGUCCGACGUGCAGUUCUUCGACGCGGCGGGGCCGCUCCGGGACGACCGUCGGAUCUUCGCGUACGAGGCGCUCCUGAAGGCGACGUCGACGGCGAUCGCGCGCCGCCUCGCGCCGACGCAGCGCGCGGUCUUCAGCUCCUACGUGCCCGGGCGCCACGACUCGGCGGACGAGGCGUGUUCGGAGGACGGGCUCCGCUGGGGCGCGGCCGCGCGGCGCGGCGUCGGCAAGCGGCUGGACCACGACGGCGUCUACUUCCUCGACGCGUCCUGCCCCCUCGCGCGCGUCCCCGAGUCGGCCUACGCGGACGGCGACAUCACCCACGGCCACCUGCCCGGGGCGCCGGACCUCGACUCCGCGCUGCUCGCGCGCCUCCUGGCGCACCGCAAGACGCGCUACGGGUCCUGGAAGGAGCGCUACUUCCGCACGGAGGGCUACGACCUCAUGUACUACACGGAGAACCUGAACCUCAUCAAGGCGAACCGGCUCCAGGGCAAGACGAAGGGCCCCUACCAGUUCAAGCCCGUCGGGUCGCCGUCGGAGACGAUCGACCUGAGGAACAGCGACUGCCGCAUCGAGCGCCUCGAGGACGACGCGACGGUCUUCCUCAUGAAGCACCUGGGCAAGGUGUUGGAGGUCAAGGCCCAGGACGAGGCCCAGUGCGAGCGCUGGCUCGAGGUCGUCCAGAACAUCAUCGACACGGAGCGGUCGAAGCGGAAGCAGGUGGGCACGCUCAAGGUCGCGGUCGACGGCUGCUUCCUCGUCGGCGGGCGCCUCGCCUCCGAGGGCGAGGAGGGCCCGCGCCACUGCUGCCUGAGCUUCAAGCUCCGCGACGAGACCGUGACCAGCGACGCCGCGGAGAUCGCGGUCGACGACGCGCUGAGCUACGAGAAUUUGGACGAGUCGCACGACGCCGUCGGCCGCGCGCCCGUCGCCCUCGAGGCCGAGCUGCCCAUCUGGCAGACGUCCAUGGCCAUGGAGUGGAAGCUGAGCGAGACGGGCGGCCACCGCAAGUCGGAGGCGCCCGAGGGCGGCCACAAGAAGCGGCGGUCGUCCGUCGCGGCGUUCGCGGCCGUCGUCCAGUCGGCGCUCGCGACCAAGGAGGACGACGGCCCCUGCGUGCGCACGACGACCUUGUUCGAGCUCCAGGCGGAGAACGCCAUCACCUACAUGGGCGCGCACCGCCGCUACGUCGCGAGCGACGCCGAGCAGUUCGACCACGCGACGGCCGCGUCCUCGCUCGAGGGCGACGUCUCCGCGGACCCGUUCUGGCCCGCCUUCGCGCCCGACGGCAAGGCGCCCAAGCCCGGCUGGCGCUGGUACGCGCUCUACGACCGCGACGUCGACGAGGACAAGGCCGAGGGCGCCAAGGACGAGGACCGCCCGCUCCGCGUCCGCGCCUUGCUCCACGCGAAGCUGUCCUACUUCGAGAACGUGAUCAACGUCGUCGACCCGGACGGCCACCCGCGCUACGAGGCCCAGGACGACCACGAGGAGUUCAAGACGGACCUGUUGACGGGCGGCAUGACGCGGCUCAGCGACGUCGCGGACGACUUCGCCGCGCUCGGCAACUUUCUGGGCGAGCUGCUGGCCUGGGACAAGCCCUUCAACUCCUUCGUCGGCUGGCUCGUCCUCGCCGGGUCCAUCGUCGCCCUGCCGGACCACAGCGCGCUCGCCAUGUUCCCGCUCUUGAUGCUCCUCGUGCUCGUGCUGGGGCUGCCCAAGGCGCUCCGGGGCGGCCGCGUCCGCGAGCUCGUGUCCCACUCCGCCGAGGACGACGCGCCCGGCGCGUCCCACGACCGGGAGGUCGUGAAGCGGGCCAUCGCGGAGAUCAACGUGAGCGUGCUCAAGGGCCGCCAUCUGGUCGCCGCCGACCAGCACCUCACGACGAAGCACUCGUCCGACCCGUACUGCGUCGUCAUCUCGUUGCCGCCGCCGCCCAUGCGCUUCGCGGACCACAAGCUCAGCGAGAUGCUCAUCGGCGUGUCGUCGGUCAAGUCGAAGACGCUGGACCCGGAGUGGCUCAACCCGGGCGCGGCGGCCGACGCGUACGACUUUGGGGCCGACGACCGCGCGUCCUCGUCCGCGUCCUCCGACUCGCACCUCGACAGCUUGCUCGCCUUGCUCGCCCCGUCCCUCCACAACGAGGGCGGCGCGGCGGACGUGCUCGGCGACGUCUACGACGCGUCCGCGAGCCGCAACGCCGCGCAGCUCUCGGCCGCGUCCGUGAAAUACUACGGCGACUGCGUGCCGCCGCCCAUCGACUUUCGGAGCAAGUGGCGGCCCGGCGCCUACGGCGGCGUGCCCAGCGAGGCGUCCUGGACCUACCCGGUCAUGCAGGAGGUCGACGACUCGGGCGUCGUGCCGUGCCUCGUGCCCUGGGAGGACUCGAAGUCCGAGAUCGCCGUCGAGGUCUACGACAAGGACGUGACCCAGACCGACGACUUCCUCGGCGCCGCGCGCAUCUCGCUGGCCGACCUCGUGGCCGCCGAGUCGGGCGUCGUCGUGGGCUGGCUGCCCCUGGAGCUCUCCGGCGACGCGGCCAAGGACGCGACGCUUUUGGGCGCGGAGCCGACGGACGGGCCGCACGCGUACGGCGAGGUCUUCGUCAAGGCGUCCAUCCGACUCCUGGACAACUCGACGUCGCAGACGGCGAACUGGCAGUACGAGCAGGCGCUCUGCAAGUCGCUCCUGGAGCCGACGUUCAAGAUCAAGGAGGAGAAGGGCGCGGGCUACAUCGGCCAGUACAAGAGCGCGACCCGCACGAUGAAGUCCAUGCAGGACAGCGUGCUCUUCAUGGCGGCGCAGCUCGAGCGGGUCCACGCGCUCUUCACCUGGGCCCACCCCAUGAAGACGGGCCUCAUGUUCUUCGGCCUGCUCUGCGGCAUCGCGGCGAUGUGCGUCAUCCCGAACAAGCUCUGCGUGUCGGGGUUGAUCACGAAGCUCUUCUUCAAGGGCCUGUGCAAGAAGCUGCGGGGCCACGACGAGAGCGAGAUCGUCACGCCGGACCCGACGGACAUCCAGAUGGCCAACAUGUUGAAUUCCCUGCCGACGGCGCCGCAGACCGCGCAGGCCAUGGCCGUGAAGCGGAAAGUAUGGAAGGCGCAGCACGAGCGCGAGCUCAACCGCGUGCGCAUCAACCUGAACUUCGCCUUCCGCGUGCGCUGCCAGUUCCGCUGCUACGUGCUCGACUACCACAAGCUCUCCCAGGGGAAGGGCGCCGCGGCAUCCGCGGCCGACGGCAAGGAGAACGGCUCGGGCGCGGCGAAGCUCAAGCACGCGGCGGCGUCCUGGGCGCCGGCCUACGUCGCCGUCGUCAACGGCCUGGUGCUCGUCUGGCCGAACCUCGACUCCGCGGCGUCGAACAAGAAGCCCGCGACGUCCCUCGUCAUCGCGGGGCCCGCCGUCGCCGCGGACGCGCGCUACCUCCCGCCGCCGAAGCCGGGCACGAAGCUGCUGAGCGUGGCGUCGACGGCGGGCCGCGACAAGAAGAUCCGCGACUUCGAGAUCUCCCUCAAGGUCGAGAUGGUCGUGGCCUUCGCGGACGCGGUCUACGCGGAGCUCACCGAGGGCCAGGCGGGCAAGCCCGACGCCGACGGCCAAAAGCUCAAGGUCGUCGCGCCCGCGGUCGCCGACCCCGCCGCGCCCGUCCUCACGGCCAAGCCCGGCGCCAACCUCGGCGUCAAGAAGGCGACCUCCAACGCGAACGAGGCCGCGAACACCGGCGGCGCCGCCAAGGCGACGUCGCUCAACGUGGAGAAGAUCUCCGACGACAGCAUCGCGGCCGCGCUCUCCAAGCGCAAGUACACGGCAGCGUUCAUCAUGGCGCCGUUCGUCGGGCGGCGCGGCCACGCGUACACGGCCCACGAGCUCGCGAUCCUGAGCACGUUCCAUUCGAAGGUGGAUUCCAUCGAUCUCGACGGCGCCAUGGACGCCUUCGCGAUCUUAGACGCGGACGGCUCCGGGCGGAUCGAGUUCCACGAGAUGGUGCGGCGGUUCCGCGCGCCGGAGGUCGUCGCGUUCGUCGAGGCGUCGAAGAACAAGACGCUCCGCCAGCUGCUCCGCGAGGACGAGCGCCGCCUCGAGCGGUGCUUCCGUGCGCUCGACGCCGACGGCAGCGGCGGCAUCGAGCGAAGCGAGUGGGAGGCCUACGUGACGGCGAUGGCGCGCGAGCGCGUGAGAUACUUGAAGACUCGUGGCCUCGUGGAGCGGCGGUGCUACUGGGGGCGGCGCUUCGACGGCGAGCGGCGCACGUGCCUCGAGCGCGCGUACCGCGCCCUGCUCUGCUGCUGGCCCCUGCUCCUCUGCGCGCGGCCGCCGAAGGGCUUCGUCGAGGACCUCGCGUACUUCACGGAGCAGAACCACCCGCUCCUCGCCGUUUUCCGCCGCGACCUCGACCACCCGUACUCGCGGCGCGAGCAGGUCGUGGCCCUCAUCGUGCUCAACGCCUGGGCGCUCUUCUUCAGCGUCCUCCUGGCCAAGGGCGAGCGCGCGGACGCCACGCCCGUGGAGGGCGCGCUCAUGUCGCUGGUGGCGAUCACGAUGCCCGUGCUCGUGCUCGACUCGGUGCUCUUCUACCUCCUCGCGUGCCCCUGCGUCCGCUUCGAGCGGCGCGGCCGGCGGCGCGAGGGCUGCUUCGCGUGCUGCGAAUGGCUCGCGACGUGCCUCGGCCACGUCCUCGCGGCGCCCCUGCUGCUCCUCGCCGGGGUGCUGCUGUGGCUCUCCUGCGAGGCGCUCGCCCGCGGACGCUACGGCGACGACGACGACAACGCGAUCCGGUCCGACCCCGUCGUCCGGAGCUUCGUCGUCGGCAUCGUCGGGAGCUACGCGCUCUGGCCCGUGAAGACGCUCUUCAAGGAGUUCUCGCUCCAGUGGGAGGGCCGGAGCGCGUGCUUCCACUGCGCCGUCGGCUGCUGCGGCGCGGCGCGGCUCCUCGGCUUCGGCCAGUGGGCGAGGGAGCGGUCCAGGGCCCUCGCCGCCGCGCUGGCCGACGAGGAGGCGGGCUUGAAGGAGCCGACGCCCGUGAUCUAA